AUGCCAGCAGUGCUCGACGGAGUCAAGUCUGCGGACAUCGACUCCAACAUCAGGUUGUUAAUCGACGCCCUGGUCAACAUUAAAGAUGAGACAGGCAAGUUCCUAUUGACUCUCGACGAUGGCCGCGUGAUCGACACGAAGGGAUGGAACGACUGGGAAUGGACACACGGCAUCGGUCUCUACGGCAUCUGGCAAUACUACGAGCUCAAGGGCGACCCCGAAUGCCUGCAAAUCAUCGAAGACUGGUUCGCCGACCGGUUCGCCGCCGGUGGAACCACAAAGAACAUCAACACCAUGGCCGUCUUCCUCACGCUGGCCUACGUUUACGAGCGUACCGGCAACCAUACCUACCUGCCGUGGCUCGACAGUUGGGCCGAGUGGGCCUACCACGACCUCGAGCGCACCAAGCAUGGCGGCAUGCAGCACAUUACCUACGUAGAAGUCAAUGACCAGCAGCUGUGGGACGACACGCUCAUGAUGACGGUCAUGCCGCUGGCCAAGAUCGGGCUGGUGCUCAACCGCCCCCAUUACGUCGAGGAGGCCAAGCGCCAGUCCCUCUUGCACAUCCAGUAUUUGUUUGAUGCCAAGUCCGGCCUGUUCUUCCACGGUUGGGAGUUCAACGACAAGGGUGGCGGGCACAACUUCGCCAACGCCCGCUGGGCCCGCGGAAACAGCUGGCUGACCAUCUUCAUCCCCGAGUUCAUCGAGCUGCUGGACCUCGGGCCGCAGGACCCCAUCGGAGCUAUACUGCGGAGCACACUUGAGGCGCAGUGUGAAGCACUCAAGUCUCUCCAAGCCGAGUCCGGGCUGUGGCGGACGCUACUGGACGUGCCGGAGAGCGAAGGGUCGUAUCUUGAGACGAGCGCCACAGCCGGGUUCGCGUUUGGGAUCAUGAAGGCGCUGAGGAAGAAGUACAUCGUCGGCAAGGAGUACGAAGACGUGGCAGUGCGUGCGCUGAAGGGGGUUUUAUACAAUAUCAGCGACAAGGGCGAGUUACUGAAUACCUCGUUUGGGACGGGCAUGGGGAGGGAUUUACAGCAUUAUAAGGAUAUCCCGAUUACUUGUAUGCCGUAUGGCCAGGCUAUGGCAAUCAUGGCUCUUGUGGAGUUUUCGAGGAGGUUCAUAUAG